UCUUCUUCCUCCUACUCUACCGCUUCUGCUCAACAGGGAAUUCAGCACCAUAACACUUUGAAACUCUAAAAUAAACAAACUUAAUGAGUCGUUGGAGCAAUAAUAAUAAUAAUGACUUCUUCUUCUUCUCAACGACCGGCAUUUGGCCUUAGCUACCUUCGCAAAACUGUAACUUGGCUAUUUAUCACCUUAUUAAUCAUCUAUCUUCUUUACUCUUUCACCCUAAUUCUCAAUAAAGAUUCUGAAUGUACCAAUUCUUCCUCAGACUUAUCCACAAAAGAAGCUUUUUCUCUCCCUCCACCUCCACCUUCUCAUUCCAAAAACUCAUCUUUUCAAGAAAAUUCAGGGGAGCCUGAAACAGGGCUACAACACAUUGUAUUUGGAAUAGCAGCGUCUUCGAAUUUGUGGGAUAAAAGAAAAGAGUACAUAAAAUUAUGGUGGAAGCCAGGGGAAAUGAGGGGUGUAGUUUGGUUAGACAAAAAUGUUACAAUUAAGAAAAAUGAAGGUUUGCCCGAAAUUCGUAUUUCAGGGAACACAACUAAGUUUCUUUACACGAAUCGACAGGGGAACAGAUCAGCUCUUAGGAUUUCACGUGUGGUUUCGGAGACAUUAAGGUUAGGUCUUAAAGAUGUGAGAUGGUUUGUAAUGGGAGAUGAUGACACAGUUUUUGUUGUGGAUAAUGUUGUGAGAGUGCUUUCAAAAUAUGACCAUAACCAGUAUUAUUACAUUGGGAGCUCUUCAGAAAGUCAUAUUCAGAACAUAUUUUUCUCAUAUGCCAUGGCUUAUGGUGGGGGUGGAUUUGCUAUUAGUUAUCCAUUGGCUAAAGAGUUAGAGAAAAUUCAAGAUCGUUGCAUUCAGCGAUACCCUGGAUUAUAUGGAAGUGAUGAUCGAAUUCAAGCUUGUAUGGCUGAGCUUGGUGUCCCUCUUACUCGAGAACCUGGAUUUCAUCAGUAUGAUGUGUAUGGGAACUUGCUAGGCCUUUUGGGAGCACAUCCUGUAACACCUCUGGUAUCAAUUCACCAUCUAGAUGUAGUGGAUCCUAUAAUCCCAAGAAUGAGCAGAGUUGAUGGACUCCAACGCCUUUUUGAAUCGAUGAAAUAUGACACAGCCAGCAUAAUGCAGCAGUCAAUCUGCUACGACAAGCAAAAAUACUGGUCUUUUUCAGUGUCAUGGGGCUAUGUGGUUCAGAUCACAAGGGGUAAUAUCUCUCCUAGAGAAUUAGAAAUGCCCACAAGAACAUUUCUUAACUGGUACAAAAGAGCUGAUUACACAGCCUAUGCAUUCAACACUAGGCCCGUGACUAAGCACCCGUGCCAGAAGCCUUUCGUCUACUACAUUAGCACAGCCAAAUUUGAUCGAAGCAAAAAUCAGAUCGUUGGGAUUUACCAUCGUCAUAGAGAGUCGUAUCCUUAUUGCAGGUGGAAAAUUGAGUCACCUGAGAAUAUCAACGCCAUUGUUGUCUUGAAAAAGCCCGAUAACGAUCGUUGGCGAAAAGCACCGAGAAGGGAUUGUUGUAAAGUUCUACCAUCAAACAACUCCAAUUUGUACAUUUGGGUAGACAAUUGCGGAAAAGGUGAAACCAGUGAAAUGUAGUUGUUAGAAGGAGGGCUAUAGUUUUUCUUACUCUAUUUUUUUCUACUCAUCAGCUGUACCUGUAGAUUAGGAUAGGAAAUAUUCUAUGUUGAGAACAGAGAAUUUUAUAAUUUUGCAACUUAAAUGAUGCUA